AUGCCGCAUCAACGGAAUACACCCAAAAACUGGCCGAUUCAUAUCCAAUACACUCAAUCGCAGUCGUAUCACUCAUCGGUUUCAAGCGCUAUCCGUUCCUUCGUAGAAGGCACCGUUGCCAACUUACCGACAAAGGCAGAGAACUUACGGUCUUCUUUCAUAAUCCAACCCAUAUCCGAGCCAUCUCAUCCUGUGUGUGGACAGUACGGUCUGUUUGCCACUGGAAAAAUUGCUGCACGUGUACACAUAGUCGAUUACAUCGGAGAGGUGCAUUGCGAUGACAGGCCUGACUCCGAUUACGAUAUGUCGCUCUAUCGAUUUCACGACGGAACCAGUGUCGGUUCGGAUGCCAGUCGAAUGGGAAACGAGGCCAGAUUCGUCAAUGACUAUCGGGGCAUUCGGACCAAACCAAACGCAGAAUUUAGAGAUGGGAGGAGUGUCUCGGGCGAGUUGAGGAUGAGCAUUUGGAGCUUGUCGGAGCCAAUAAAGAAGGGGGACGAGAUUGUGGUAUCGUAUGGCAAAGCGUGGUGGAACGCUAGAAUGACCAGAGAUUGA